CACAAUCCUUUUUUCGUAUAAUCCAGGUUUCUUAACCCUGGCAAGCUCUGAAUAGAAGUCAGCACUCAGACCCUUCUCGAGGACUUCCAACCACCUCCGUGAAUCCCUCGCGCGCGACAAUCCGUCAGCCCAACUCCACUCGCAACUCUGUUUACUCCUGUCAUCCACCCCGCAGCGCACCUAUACGUACCCCGACACAUAUACAACCACAAACACCAGCAAUAACCACCACCACCACCCAGUCCCAAAACACCACCCCAGACAUCAAAAUGACCACCACCACAACAACAACAACAAAUACACCCCCAAAACCCCCAACCCUAACAAGAUGGUACAUCGACACCCGCCCCCUAACCGCAACCGCAAACCCCGCCAACCUCCCCCUAAUCACGACCCUGCAACCCGACGACCAAACCUCCAUCCGGCGCUUCCACCACCUCAAAGACAAGCACAUGUCGCUCGCCUCCAACCUCCUCAAGUAUCUCUUCAUCCACCGCAGCUGCCGCAUCCCAUGGGACCGCAUCACGCUCUCGCGGACACCGGCCCCGCACCGCCGGCCAUGCUUCAUCCCCAGCGCCGCCCUCCUCACCGAGCAAACCACCGCCCACAAAGCAAUACCGAGUAUUGAAUUCAACGUCAGCCACCAGGCCUCCCUCGUCGCGCUAGCAGGCACCAUCAUCCCCACGGACGGACAGUCCACAGAGGGAAUCCCGCAGGUCGGGAUCGACAUCACCUGCACGAACGAGCGCCAGCCCUCCAGUAGUAAAAGCAAUGCGCCAACCGCACCCCGCGCAACCUUCACCAACUACGUCGACAUCUUCGCCGAGGUGUUCUCGGCCGAGGAGAUCCGGCUGAUCAAGACGCUCCAGCCCCCAACCACACAUGACACGCCCCAAGAAUCCUCCAGCGACGGGCUCGAGUACAGCUACCGCGUGUUCUACGCAUACUGGGCGCUGAAGGAAGCCUACAUCAAGAUGACGGGCGAGGCGCUGCUGGCGCCCUGGUUACGGGAACUGGAGUUCGCGGGGGUCGUGGCGCCGGAGCCGGGUUCCCCUCCCACAAAAGUGGGGGAGCCGUAUACCGGGGUGCGGACGACGUUGCACAAACAGCCGGUGGAGGCGGUGCGGGUGGAGAUUGUCGCCUUUGAGCAGGAUUAUCUGAUUGCGACGGCGGCCAGGGGGCCGGGGAUUGGGGCGCGGAGGGGUGGUGGUGCGGAUACUGCACAGCAGGACACGUGGGAAGCGCUGCGGGAGAUUGAUAUUGAGCGGGAUGUUAGGCCUUGUGCUGAGGGGAGGUGUCGGUGUUUGGAGUAGUGGAUGUCCAGUAUUUGCGUUGUAUGGUGAUAUCUAAGGAGAAGGAAGAUUGGUUUGUUCCAACCACCCCAGAGUGCAGCUGAGCGCGAUGGUCACGUUACGAUUUUGUCCGGAAAGUCCCAAGUAGCAAUAGUGCUGGUAUAUACACUCUAGAAGGAAAUGGUCUCAGUCUAUGAAUACAAAGCUUCUUGAAUACCACUCGGAUCUAGGGAUCGUCUACCCCAUGGACGAGCAGAUCCUCGUCCGCUGUCUCUGCCAGCCAAUCCUCCAGUCUUCUUCCCCUUAUCCUCCCAAAGUUGGCUCCUGCAAGGCCUA